CGGUCAUAAUAGAUACGAUAUCAAUUUGUUUUUUAGAAAUUUAGUUUAAAAACACUAAGCGUACGACACAAACGACAUCAGUCACAGACCAAGCUUUAAACGUGUAAUAUCAAGGCAAAAAAUAGGAAUAAAAAAUGUUCGGUGAAUUUUUACUUGUUGCGGCAGUUUCUUUCUUGAUAUAUGCUUUUUACAAAUGGGCUACGAUCAACAAUGAUUUUUUUGAGCGACGCAAUAUAAAAUAUAUGAAGCCGAAAUUCUUAGUUGGCAAUGUCAGUGGUACAUAUAUCAAUAAAUAUACGGGAGCUGAAUUUGCGAAUGAGUUAUACCAAGCAUUUCCAAAUGAAUCUGUUUAUGGAUUGUUUGAUUUUCGUACUCCGCAAUAUAUAAUUCGUGAUCCCGAACUAUAUAAACAAAUUGCAAUAAAAGAUUUCGAUCAUUUUGAGGAUCAUUAUGCAUUUCUUGACGACACAAGUGACAAAUUGUGGGGAAACUCACUAUUUUUAAUGUCUGGUGAAAAAUGGCGUCAAAUGCGAGCCACAUUAAGCCCAGCAUUUACUGGUAGCAAAAUGCGACAAAUGUUUGAGCUGGUCGCCGAGUGUGCCGAUGAUGUUGUGAAACACUUCUUAGAAAAGGUUGAAAAAGGCGAGAAAAUCAAUAUCGAGAUGAAGGAUUUUUUCACUCGAUACACAAACGAUGUGAUUGCAACUUGUGCAUUUGGUUUAAAAAUAAACUCUUUUUUUGAUCCCAAAAACGAAUUUUACCUGAAUGGGAAAAUUUUAAUGGAUUUUACUUCAACUAAAUCGAUGAUCAAGUUAUUUUUCAUAGAAAAAAUUCCAAAAAUUGCACGAGCUUUGAAUAUUACAUUCACAAAUCCUUCGAUUGCAAACGCAUUUACGAGCACAAUUUUGAAUACGAUGUCGUUUCGACAGAAGAAUAAAAUCUAUCGACCAGACAUGAUAAAUAUGUUGAUGCAAAUUCGCGAAGGAACACUGAAACAUCAGAUCGAUGAAAUGGCAAAAGAAAAAGAGGGCUUUGCAACGGUUGAAGAGUCCGAAAUUGGUAAACUGACGGUGAAACGUACGUGGACUGAUGACGAGAUUGUGGCUCAGUGCUUCAUUUUUUUUAUAGCGGGAUUUGAGACAUCAGCCACCAUCCUGACAUUCACUGUCUACGAGAUCGCAACGAAUCCAGAUAUCCAGCAAAAAUUGUAUGAAGAAGUUGUAAAAAUGAGCGAACAACUCGGUGGAAAAAGCAUCACUUACGAUGCUUUACAAAAGAUGAAGUAUUUGGAUCAAGUCAUUUGUGAAGUAUUGCGGAAAUGGCCACCAGGCUUCGUUGUGGAUCGUCUUUGUACCAAAGAUUACAAUUAUGAUGAUGGUGAGAAAUUGAAGUUAAAAGCGGAAAAGGGAGAUACAUUUAUAUUUCCUGUAUAUGCUAUACAUCACGAUCCAAAAUACUUUCCUAAUCCCGAAAAAUUUGACCCUGAGAGAUUUAGUGAUGAAAACAAAAACAGCAUAAUAUCAGGCACAUACCUUCCAUUUGGUAUAGGACCUAGAAAUUGUAUCGGAUCGCGAUUUGCACUUAUGGAAAUUAAAGCCAUUUUAUACAAUUUAUUAUUGAACUUUUCAUUUGAACCGAAUGAAAAAACUCAAAUACCAUUGAUAUUGAAGAAAAGUUCAUUCAGUUUAGACUCAGAAAAUGGCGUACAUUUGGAACUUAAGCCGCGUCAAAAGUAAACAAUGACUAUAGAUAUUUUGCGUUUUUUAUUUUCAACUCUGAUGACAUAAAUAAAAAAAUGAGUUUGAAGCUCUUUUGUAAGUAUAGUUUUGUGUCGUAUCAACUUACCGGACAAAUUUGACCCUGAGAGAUUUAGUGAUGAAAACAAAGACAAUAUCCUUUCAGGCACUUAUAUUCCUUUUGGCCGUGGGCCAAUAAAUUGCAUUGGUAAGUAUGAAGUAUUCGAUUGAUCACAUUUAUAUAAUUUAAAUUUUUUAGGUUCCAGAUUCGCACUCAUGGAAAUCAAGGCUAUUAUGUACUAUUUGCUGUUGAACUUCUCCAUCGAACCAAACGAAAAAACACAAAUUCCGAUACAGUUGAAAAACUCACCGUUUAGUAUGGCCCUGAAAAAUGGAAUGCACUUUGAAUUAAAACCCCGGAAGAUGUAAUCGAACAAAUAUAGACCAAAAUUGAUGAUGUCAGUAUAAACCAAAAUAUACGAUUACGAUGUAUAUGCGAUUGCCGCAUCAAAUACAAAUUUAUAUACCGUACAAAUAUAACAUAGUUUGGUAUAAACAGCGUGACUUUUGCACGCUACAAGGCUGUAUCAUGCACUUCAAAUUCGAAUAAAAGUAUACAACCACA